GCAUUGCCCGUUGCCCCGAGCCCCCGAGCGGCUGAGCGGCUGGGCCUGAGCGCGGGACUGAGGAGUGGAGGAGUGGGGCCGUGGUUGAGUGCGCUAGCCGUGGGGCACUGAGGCCGCCGUUCCGCGCAGCCGGGAGUUUGAGCAGUUUGCAUCACAUCACAAUGUAGUGGCGAAUAGACGUUCUAGGCGUCCUGUCGCUGAUCGUAUGAUACCCAAUGUCAGAGUCAGGUGCCGGCUUGCCGAGUCUUGCUUGUGUCGGGAGCGCAGCUUGUUUCCACCUUUCUGACUCCGCUUGCCUUGGUCCUUUGUGAUUUUGUGGUCAUCAUGAACACCGGGGGACCGAAGAAGCCUCGGGGUGAAGGCCACCAGGGGAGAGCCACCCAAGGCCAUCAGAGGGGAGCCACCCAAGGCCAUCAGAGGGGAGCCACUCGAGGCAGCAACCGGGGCUCUGAAAAACAGGGCAGCCACAGCGGUACGAAAUCCACACAUGAUGGCAGCCGUGGCAAUCGUGGUGCUGGGGUGCACCAUACGAACCAGAAGACUGGGGCUGAGCAGAAGCAGCCGCUGCUUCAUCAAGGCCAGAAUAAGAACAAUCCAGAAUCAACAAGAGGUGCUCACACAGCCAGGAGACCUUCUCGCGGUAACCACGGUUUUCGCGGUUCUGCAAGGGGGGGGCAUAUCGGUGCUGCCAGUUUGAACAACCCAGGCCCUCAAUUUCAGAAACGAGCCAACAGGAGAGGGCGGUUUCACAGGGGCAGACCGUGGACAUCACGUGGUCAAAUGCACUUUAACACAGGAGCACUGAGCACUGUUGCAGCAGAACUGAUUUCUUUCAAGCGGGAGAUGGAUCGGAUGGUUGGUGAAGACGAGCAGUCACUGUUUUCAGAGAUUUUGAGCUUGACUGACGCCAACGAGUUGGCAUUUGACGCUUGUCGCCAUGGGAUGUCCGAAGAUUUGGAUGAGGGAGGGGAUUCUGUGUACGCAUGCGCUGAGCCACUGGCUGACCCUGAAGAAUUCGAGGACCUCACAGAUGAAGUUUCGAAAGACAGCGUGGUGGGAAUGGCAACCCAGCAACCUGCAGGGAUCGGUUACAUCAGUGUCUACUGGGACAUUGAGAACUGUGCGGUGCCGCAUGGCGUCUCUGCGUAUGACAUUGUCAAGAAAGUGCGGAACGAGUUUUACCCCGGACACCGGGAGGUGGAGUUCAGCGUUGCGUGCGACAUUGUACAGAUGAAGAAAGAAGUUGUUGAUGAGCUGAAUGAUGCCCAAGUCACCGUGGUGCACGUCAGCAGCGACAAGAAAAACUCCGCUGACGAAAAGCUUCGGGUAAAGCUGCGGCGCUUUUCUGAUGCGUACAAGUUGCUCGGGUCCAAAAUUGUGCUCAUCACGGGUGACGUAGACUUUGCAUCAGAAGUGCACGAGAUGCGAUAUCAUCAUCUCAUCCACGUUGUGCUUAUACACAAUGACCAGGCUAGAAAGUCACUUGUGGAGUGUGCUAAUGAGAGCAUUCGUUACUCGAGCUUUGUCCAGAGCCUGAAACCGAAGGCAAAGGCCAAGACAGUGCCCCCGCAGGCCAAAGCAAAGGCUGCAAUCACUGGCGUGCCACAUCAGCCUACUUCUGAAGGUGGACGCAAAGACAGCUCUGUAAAGCGUGUCCCCGACCUCAAAAAGGAGACAAAGCAGACUAUUUCCGACAUUCCAGUGCAAGCUGGGAAAGGAGUUGUGGCUCAAGAAACCAAAGAGGUCCUGCCUCCUGAAGCAUCUGAGGUGAGCUACAGGACCAAAGUGGGUUUGGUUGUCCCUAAACAGCAAGGGAACUUGACUUUCUGGAAGGAAGUCUUGUCCGAUGUGGUUCCUCCAGGAUUUGUUCUUGAGAGUAAUGCGUCUGCAAAAGAAAAACUGUGCCUUAUUUACCCCAGUGCAAGGAAAGCCAAGAAGGCCGUUGCUUCAUUGUCAAACCUGACGGGCCACAAGUCUGAAGUUCCAGUGUGCUUGGGCAUACUUGAUGAGAAUGGACAACCAGGCCCUGGCAUGGCCGUGCCAGCUGAAAACAACAAGAGACAAAAGAAGGCUGAUGCAAUUAUUAGUGCCCACAACUCUCAUCUGGAAAGGAUCAAAAAGAAGCUUGCACAGCUUGAACAUGACCAAGACCCCAAAGGAAAGCUAGAAAGAUUUGCACUCAGGACUCAGAUUUCUGUAUGUGAAGCUCAACUUGAUGAGUUCUUAAAGGCAACCUGUUCAGGUUUGCUUCCAGAUGCCGAGUUGAGUGUAGAGGUCGGGCGUCUUCGUCGUGCAUCGCCGGUCUACAGUUCAAAGUCUAAGCUUCUGGAAAGCCUUGCAAAGCGACAGGUUGCCCUCCUUGUUACCUCUCCGGGGUCAGGCAAGAGCCUUGAAACUGUAUCCUACCUCAAAGAUCUGGGUGGCAGGGUGCUGAGCAUCCAGCCUAGCGAUCUCGCAGCCGAAUAUUGCUCUCGGUAUGCUGCAACGAUUCACGGACUUGGUUCAGCAGAAUGCUGGCUUCUUCCAUCACAGCAGAUUAGCCUCGAAGGUUCUGUGGUGUUCACAACGGCGCGCUGUUUCUUGUAUGAGUUCCUUCGCUGUGGGACAUCACUUGCAAGUUUCCAAUGCAUCGUCGCAGAUGAACUUCAAGAAGACACGGUCUACCAGAACAUUAUGCUUGCUGUCCUACGGAAGCACUUUGUUUCCCAUGCCAAGCUUGUUCUUUGCACCUCUGCACUUGAAACGUGCUUUCCUAUUCGGAACUUUUUCUGUCUUGGCGACCAUGAUGUUGUAGCCUGUGGUCUGAAGUUCCCUGUAGAUGUUAUCUCUAUGGGCUCGCAUAAGAACUUAGCUGCUGAGUGUGUGGGAAUUGCUUUGGAGUUUUCAAAGCAACAGGAGUUAGGUGGAAACAUUCUAGUGCUCCUGCCUUCAUUUGCAGAUGCAUUUCUUGCAGACGCAAUCCUGGAGCAACGAAUUUCAGAUGACACAGAUGGGCAGGUUUGCCACGAAGUUUUGUUUAGUGGCACGCCAUUCUCCUUAGAAACCCCACCAGUGGGGACAUGGAAGGUCGUCUUCGCAGUUCAUUGCCCCGAUGUGUGUGUCAGCAUGAUUAAAGCGCAAUGUGUGAUCGACUGUGGUAUUGUAGAAACGAUCGUGUCCAAAAGUGGUGUGCUUAUCAAGCAGCAGUGCUUAAUUUCUCGAGAAGAAGCUGAGAGGAGGCGUUCGAUGGCUGGUGUGUCUUGCCGAGGCACUUGUUACCGUCUCUACAAUGACAGUGCUCUUGCUAGUGGCCCUCCCAGAGAUGCGGAGGACUUUCGAUUCUUGGAAGAUGUUGUCCUUCGACUUCAGAACCGACAGAUGCCCAUCUCUGACUGUUUUUUGAGGGAACCACCAAAAGAGGUCCUGAAAGAUGUACAAAUUACCCUUGAGCGACUCGGAGCUGUGGGUCCUGAUGGCCGUACAACAGAACUGGGCUUGAAACUCUGCCAGACUAGCCUAGAGCCUCGACUGGGGGCAUUGAUCAUAAAAGCGUCUGAUGAGGUUUCUGCUCUGAACUUGAUUUUGUUGGCACUUCUUACUUUUGAAGAUCUAAUGCUUACCCAUGUACCACUUGACCGGAAUGGUAGCCCUCGCCCCCCUCCAGCUGCUGAGAAGGGUUGCAUGUUUUCCCGUGUAAUUGAUCUCUACAAGGAUUGGCUUGAUGUCCCUAAAAAAGCAAAAGAUUCAUGGUGCCAGAUGAAUGGCCUUAAUGCAGCAUUCUUCAAGAACCUGCAUGCUCGAGUUGUCAGACACCAGGCUGAAUUUGAGACACCUGGUGGGAAGAAGCAGGCAGAGAUUGAAGUGGAACAGAUUGGCCAUAUGCUGCGAGAGGCUUUUCCUGAAAGUGUGCUUUCAUACACGGAGAGUGGCUUCAAGCAACAGAUGCUGGGGUCUAAGCUAAAGGUCUCGCCAAGAUCAACAUUCAGCACACAGGGACAGAUCCCUUCUAUGGUUGUCUGCCCUAUGUUUAGCACUCCUCUUGGUUCCAAGAAACCUCAGCUGCUCAAUUUUGCCGCCAUCAGUGUUGAAGGCGACGACUAUACACCCGGCAUGAAGUCGUUGUCCAUAUCUGCAACUCCGAGUAGUCCCUGCAAGGUUGGCCCCGUUGGGACCCUCAUCUGGAACCACCAAUUUGCUAAUCCUAACCAGCUGGGUGUUUUGGAAAAGGCCCUCAAAGAUGUAGUCAAAUGCUCCACAGGCCGCUUAGUACUUGACACUCUGCAGAGGUGUGUCACAGUCCAGGGACCGGAACAGUUCCGCCUCGUGGGAACCAGGCACCUUCAGUCUAUUAUAGAUGAACAAGUGAAGAACUUGAAGAACAAGGACCGGGAAGCCAUGCUGACUCAGCCGGAUUCGCCUUUUGCCGACCAUCCCGUACAAGUGGUACUCGGGGUGGGCGGCCAAGUGGACCAGGUACUGUCACCUGCUGUCUUUCGCACCGUCGUCGUGUCCAACCUGAAGAUACCUGCCGCCACCUUUCGUGUGUUGGUGAAUGAGCUUGGCAACAUUGUGCAAUACAGGCUGCUGAACAAGGAAAAGGCCUUCUACAUCACAUACAAGACUGCCGCAGAAGCGAGCAAGGCCUAUGCCGCGCUCUUGAAUCGAGAUAAUGACUUGACAGUGACCGUGAUGGGGGACGCAUUCAGCUACCGCAGUGAGCAGGCACAACGAAAGCCUGCAUUCCACGCCGCUGUGACUUGGGUUCGCCGGCGAUGCACCGGCAUCGGCUUUGCGACAUUGCCAGACCAGGCAACCCUAGAAACCAUAGCGUUUUCGCUUCCCCUGCAGCUUAGCUUCGGGGGCGUUGAGAUCACGUGCGAGCGAAACAAGAAAGAGGAAUGUCAGCUGUAUGUCAGCAAUUUGCCACCUACUACAGAGCAAUCCGCCCUUGAAGAGACGCUCCGGGCCACAUUUCCAGUGACCAUCAGCUCGGUGCGCAUCAUCCACGAACCCCCGUUCGACACCACACCCCAAGACAACAAGAUUGUACAAGAGGUGCUCAUGAAGACGAUCAAGGAGGAUCUGGGCAUGGAUGCCUUUUCUAUUAACUGCAAACCUGCCAAGUCAAAAGACUACCUCUUCAAGGGCUGGGUUUACUUCUACAAUGCGGCCGAGGGACAGAGCAUGUGUGAGGUCCUGCAUGGCCAGCCAAUCCUGUCUCAGCAAGGUCCUCUGAUUCCGCUGGAUGUCCACGCCUUUGUGACGGAUUCCUUUGUCUUUCCACUCUCAUUCUUCUUGGCUGUCAAAGAACAGAUUCAGUCUGCGCUUCAGCAAAGCAAGCAAGGUCUCCGACCAGAGGACAACCUCAAGGUGGAAGCUAAACCCCUAGACAAUCAGCGCAUGGAAAUCAGGCUGCAGGCAAACAACCUGAACGACUUCCAGAAGGUUGUGCACACUUUCAACACACUGUUGAGGCCUCUCAACCCCAUUGCAAAUGGAACAAUGUGCUACGAAGACAUUGCAAGCUGGAUGAAAGCAUUGGACUUUGGGUCAUCUGUGUAUGUGCAUGACAAGCCCAAUGGCAUCUGCUUGCUGGGAAAUCCGGAGAAUGUCGCAAAGGCAGAGAAAAAGCUGAGCGACUACUGUCAACUCCUGGAAAGCGGACCUCGGAAGAGUCUUCCUCUGGUGGGGGCAGACUACAGUCUGGUGAAGCCAUUCUUGGCGGAGCACGGCUAUGACUUGCGAAAGUUUGCUCACCGCUGCGGCUUGCUCAAGGCAGAAUUUGAACCGCAGUUUGAAGGCAUCCUGGCCGUGGGCUCUGCUGCGGCAAUCAAGAGGGCAGAGGAGCUCUUGGGAAAGCUGCAGAGGAAGUUUGUUAGCCCCUGCAUCGCGGGAGCGGGUACUGAAAAGUGCCCCGUCUGCCGCGAAGGUUUCCCGCCCGGGAAGCAGCAGGGAGUGGACCUCGAUCGACUGGAGCUGUGCGGACACGCAUACUGCCCGCCCUGCCGGCUGCUUGUGCUGUACCAGGGCCCCAUCCCCCUCUCCUGCUGCUUUGAGGAGUGCGGCCAGCCGUGGGCCAUAGCCGACAUCCACCGGACGAGCGGUAAUGACGCGGAAGUCUUGCGUGCCCUGGUGCGGAGAUCCAUCAAAGGGACGGUGGUGGAAGGCAGUGGCCGCUGGCAGAGCUGCCCAACGCCUGAGUGCGACUUCAUCUGGGACUCCAAGCUGUCUGCGGAGGACCAGGGGGCCAUGAAGCUCGGCGAGGCGACCGCAUGCCCCUGCUGCAGCAACCCCGUCUGCUUCAGGUGUGGUUCCCUGUAUCACUACGGCAUGUCCUGCGAUACGUACAGGGCACAGGCUGCGCCAGGGGGUGCUUCUACUAAGGCAUGGUUGUCCAAGGACGCACGGAACCGCCUGGUGUGCCCCGGAGACUGUGGUGUACGUCUCGAGCGUGGCGCCAUCCUCGCCAAGGUGGCUGCCUGUUGGCGUUGCCGUCGGCUCUUCUGCUGGCGCUGCAGGAAGGGGCUUCUGGACGCAGCCACUGCGAGAGCUCACAAGAAGGAGCCUUGCAAAUGGGCCGUCUGAGUAAGCCGUGUCCACUGGGUGCGGUUGCGCAUCAGUGGCCGGAGUUGCCAUUCGAGCUACGAGUUUGUACGAUGUCAAUUUUUUACAAUGUGCAAGUUUUUACGACGUUCAAGUUUGUUCGAAGUGCGAGCUUGUAGAACAUGCGUGUUUGUAUAAUGUGCAAGGCCAUUCGGUGUACAAGUUUCUUCUAGCCCAUUUGAGCUUGAGGGAACUCGCACAUCUUUGGGAGGAGUGCCUUCGGCAUCACUCUGAAGUUAGUUUACACUUGAAGGGGCGGUUGGGCCACCUGCGGUCACCAACGGGCCGGACGUGAUGGUAGGUCUCUUCAUUGCUGCGUCGCUCGGAGCACCUUGCCAUGUUUCCUGGCACUUGCGUACUAGGUCUAGUGUAAUUUGACUUAUGACUUUGUACGUGCACGGAAGUGCUACGGGAGCGGUGGGCUUGUUCCGAAGAUGGGGCAACCGUGAGAUGCCUAGCCCAUCGGUGGCUUCAUUGCCCUGAAUUUGAGAUUUGGAAGUGAGGUUCCUAGUUCAAAAUAAAUAGGAUUAAUGCAAGACUAGCAUUUCCCCCAUGUGCCUUCCCAUUUCUAAAGUGUGCAGUAUGCAAUUUGACCUUUCUACAUAGUAGAAAACUGACUGAAGGGCGAGUGAAAUUUGAAAGGUUGUUGAACCUUGUUGAGGGUGAUAAUAUGACCGUUAACCGCGGGUUAAUGCAAGUCCCCAAAGUGACUAGAUGUGGUCAUGGAGUGGUCUGGCUGUUUCAAUUUGUCAUCUUGUUAUCAUCAUAAGCAUGUUGAGAGACGUUAUGUGUGCAAAGACCGCAGGAAUAUAUUGUAUAUUCUUGCUAAAAGCCUGAAGUUAUAUUGGAAUUCCUUGCAUAUUAAUAAUUUGUUGUGCUUGUCAAUUUUCUGAACGGUUCCUUAUUGUUUAAAUAUUUUGCAUCUGUAGCACCGGCAGAUUCUGACAUUCACCUUUGGCUAUUGGUAGAAGUGCCAUUUUGAGUGAUGAUGGUUGAGGGACUACUUGUGAUGAUUAUUAAAUUUGGGACACUGGAGGUAAAGAGCAUGUCAGAGGCAGACGUUUGUUUUGGGACGGAGGGAUCCCAAGGAGCCUCGGCAUUCUUUUCACUGCGGUGCUUUAAAAAGACGCCGGCUCCUUACGAAGGAUUCUGGCCUCGAUUUGCUUCUUUACUGUGGCCGCAAGCGGCAUGCUGGUUCCCCAACUACUCGAAUCAGUGUUUUUGGGUGUGCACGUCUUCAGCGCAUGCUUGGCACAAGAGCUGUUAAUGGCUCAUUAAAGUACUGUGCCAGCGACUAUAACUUGUUUUUGAAGUGUUUGUUCCUACAGGGAUCAGUGACUUCUGUAUCCUGGUGUUGAACUGACACUUGUCUUUUCACGUGGAGAUGUUGGCGUACGAGCCAAGACAAUUGUUGUCGGAUCACAUGAGUGUAAUUUCUGCACAAAGCAUGACCCUGAUCCGACAUGAAACCUCCGAACUAUUCACUGCAACAUCUUAAUGUGCAUUUGUUGACAUUUGCUCCUAAAAGCUUACUAUGGAAUGUUUUUUAUGGGCAGGCUUCAGGUGGUGCAACGAGAAACGAGAUAGGUUAGGUGAGAGCCCUUUGCCACCGAUUGAUGCAAUAUUGCAGCAGUUAUUUGGUUGUUAAUAGCUUGCAGCUGCAAAGUUAGCUCUGCCAAGGUAUAGUGUUGAAGUGUUCGAUCCGUUGGUGCCUGAUCUUGUGUAUGCCUUUUUCAAAUUUCCGAUUAGGUUCUUUUGCCACCGAAACUGGAGGAUCUUGGGUAUAUUGGUGCAGGAUGCUAGUCUAGGCAUUCUUUUUUGGUGGAAGCAGCUUGCUGAUUUGUUUCAAUGCUUAGAGGGAAUCCACUUCCUUUGUGUUAUGUGACAUUUAUGCUGGUGUAACAAUUUUCUUUCCUCUUUGUUCAUGCUGCAGAGCAGCAAUUCUGUGGAAACUAUUGCUUAUAUCUUUUCUUAAGCAGCAGUUGCUCAGUCAAAUUGUGACUGUAAGUUGGAAUACCCUCUUCGGAAGAACGCAGCAAAAUGAGCGAAGAGGCAGGCAGCGAAAUCCACCAUCGUUGUCAAGUCUCCGAAUACACAGCGGGCAGAACAAGCAGCGGCGCAACACGCUAGGGACAGAACGUAAUGCUUUCGCAUUCACAACUCAUAAAAAAUGCUUGAGCUUCCUGGAAUUUUUUUCCCUUCUGUUUUUGCAAAGAGCAGGGAAGAAAUUGUGAAACUCAGACUUCAUGCUUUCUUCUUUUGCCUUUCUGAAAAUAUAGAUUCAAGAUAAAGGAGCAAUUCCAAAUUUCCCACCGCCGCUACCUUUGAUGCUCGUAUCAGUUGUCCAUUUGCCAGGAUUUAUAGAUUAGAUAUGGCUAUACCUUCAACUUUAUAAUUAAGAAAACGUUUGUACUGGAUUGUAAUAUUUUAAAUUCAAUGUUGCCACUGUAGGUAAUUUAUCUUUCAUGGAACAGUUUGUGUCAAUCAAAGCCCACUACAGAGUGCCUGAACAGGAAACUUUUUAAUGUGAAAGUUUUCUAAGCAAAUGAGAUAUUGUAUUAAAACAUCAUUUCUACUUGCAUACUAAUGUUAAGAGUUCAUAUUUCUUGGUAUUUAUCGUGCAAUUGACCGAAAAAUGACGAAAUGACAAAUGUCAAAAACGUGAAAUAAAAGUAAAAAAAAUGUU